GUGAUCCCAUCAUCCUUGGCCUUGUGGAUUAACUUGCUGCCUUUAUCUAAAGGGAUGUGCUAUUGAUUACUGCUUUCUAACAAAGCCCACUGAUUACAGUGAGGGUGUUGGAAAGGCCUUGAUCACAGCUAUGUCAAAACUGCUUCAGGAUAUCUCAAGUCACAAAGGACAGUAGACCGACGGGAGUUUGUGUUUUCAGCUGUUACAUUCAGUAUUUCAUAUUUUUUUGGGACAUCCAUCUUAAUUUUUUUUGCUUAUUGAUCCGAGUUUUCGCGUAAUUUUGAGCAUGCGUUUUUGAUUCACUUGAUUUAUUCAUUUGAACCGGACACUCUUUCGUUCCUACAGUACACACCAUAUUCUCUUACCAUGUACGGUAGCUCCCGUUCCGUCUCAAAGCUGGAUGUCGUUGGAUCCAAUGGUAACGGGUCUGUGUCUGGGAGUCCUGGUCGCUCCCCACGGCUCCCUCGCUCCCCACGCCUUGGACACCGGCGAAACAGCAGCAGCAGCUCCGCCGGCGGACUUACCGGCUCCGGUAAAACCCUGUCCAUGGAGAAUAUUCAGUCUCUGAAUGCUGCCUACGCUACGGGCGGCCCUAUGUACUUCACUGACACAGUUGAAGACCCAGUCGGCAUUGGGAGUCUGGGCAGUGGGCUGAACCCCUCGCUGCCCAAAAGCACCAUGACUCUGGGCAGGGCUGGGGCCAGGGUCCCUUAUGGGAUCAGGGCGGCCAUCAUGGGGAGCAGUCCUAAUAUAAACACUGGAGGUGGAGGGGUCAUGCCCAGUGAUGCAAUAGCAUUUGGGGGGGAGAUGCAAAACCAGCCUUCACAGGCGGCUACAGUGCCCCACUCCAUGAGACAGGUGAGAGACGGUGCAAUGUCAGACCUACAGACACAGUUAAGAGAAGUGCUGAGAGAGAACGAACUACUACGCAGAGAAUUGGAGGCUAAAGAGUCCAAGUUGAGCUCCUCCAUGAACUCCAUUAAGACGUUUUGGAGUCCGGAGCUGAAGAAAGAAAGGGCGCUGAGGAAGGACGAAGUCACGAAGAUGGCCGUGUGGAAGGAGCAGUACCGAGUGGUCCAAGAGGAAACACAGCAUUUUCAGUGCACCAUCCAGGCUUUACAAGAUGAGCUCAGAAUCCAGCGGGAUCUCAACCAGCUCUUGCAGUCCGAUUACUCAGAGUCCGGUCUCCUCGGAAAUCAGUCCAUCUCCCCUCAGGAAAUGACAGAAGAGAACUUCCUGCGUCUCCAUGGCGAGUACGAGCGACAGGUCAAAGAGCUCUUCCUCCUGAGGAAGACUGUGGAAGAGAUGGAGCUGAGGAUAGAUACACAGAAACACACGCUAACUGCCAGGGAUGAAUCCAUAAAGAAGUUACUGGAAAUGUUGCAGAGUAAAGGCCUGUCGUCCCGAGCAACCGAGGAGGACCAUGAACGCACAAGGCGUCUGGCUGAUGCUGAGAUGACCAUCCACCAACUGGAGGGCCUGCUGGAGCAAAAAGACAAGGAGAUGCUACAACUCAGAGAGGAGCUACACAGGAGAUAUGAAGCAGCUCCAGAAUCAACCAAGACCAAGGCCUUGCAGACAGUCAUUGAAAUGAAGGAUGCAAAGAUCAGCUCGAUGGAGCGUGGCAUUAGAGAGCUGGAGGAGGAGGUAAACAUGCUCAAGUCCAAUGGGGCUCUGAGCAGCGAGGAGAGGGAGGAAGAGAUCAAACAGAUGGAGGUCUACAGAUCCCACUCCAAGUUCAUGAAGAACAAGGUUGAGCAGCUAAAGGAAGAGCUAACGCACAGCCAAUCAGAGAAGGAGGAGCUAAGGCAACGAGCCAAUGAGCUCCAGCGGGAGGUGUCCGCAAUGGAACAAGCAAAGCAGGACCUGAGUCGUAAAGACAGCGAGCUGUUGGCUUUUAGGACCAAAUUGGAAACUCUCAACAAUCAGUUUUCUGACAGUAAACAACAUGUGGACGUACUCAAGGAGUCACUCACUGCCAAGGAACAGAGAGCAGCCAUACUACAGACUGAGGUGGAUGCUCUUCGUCUGCGUUUAGAGGAAAAGGAAUCUCUCCUCUCUAAAAAGAGUCAACAGAUAUCAGAGUUGACAGAGGAGAAAAGCACUCAGCAUGGAGAGAUCAGCGACCUCAAAGACAUGCUGGACGUCAAGGAACGCAAAGUUAUUGUACUGCAAAAGAAGAUAGAGAAUCUCCAGGAUCAGCUGCGGGAUAAAGAGAAACAGCUGGGCGGCCUGAAAGACAGAGUCAAGUCUUUACAGACAGACACCUCCAACACCGACACCGCACUGGGAACACUGGAGGAGGCUCUGGCUGAAAAGACUUCUGUGUUGGAUUUGAAGGAGAAAGCUUCCUCUCUGGCCUCCUCCACACUGAAGAAGGACAACAGGCUGAAGACUCUGGAAAUCAGCCUGGAACAGAAGAGAGAAGAGUGUGUCAAACUAGAGAACCAACUCAAGAAGGCUCAGAGUGCAGCGGCAGAUUCCCAGGCCAGCACUGAACUCUCCGAACGCAUCUCCUGCCUGGAGCAGGAAGUGGGCCAGCACAAAGAGGACGCUGGGAAGGCCCAGUCCGAGGUGGAACGACUCCUGGAGAUCCUGAGAGAGAUGGAGAAUGAAAAGAACGACAAGGAGAAAAAGAUCCACGAGUUGGAGAGAAACCCCUCUGCUUCUCAUCUGUGGCGUUAUCAGCAGUCGCGAAAACAGGCCCCUCCCCCCGCUGCCUCUCAGCAGCCAAUGGGGGGGCUGGUGUGGGACUACCUGGGCACUCUUGCCUCAAGGCAGAUGAAGGACCAGACGAAGAAGGUGGCCAACCUGAAACACAAGGAGCAGCUGGAAAAGAGCAGAAACGCCCAGCUGAUGGAGGACGCCAAGAAGCGAGAGGACAACCUGAACGAAAGCUCCCAGCAGAUAAAGGACACCCUCCGUGAGAAGGAGGAGCGCAUUGAGGAGCUGGAGGAGGCGCUGAGGGAAAGCGUUCAGAUCACAGCGGAGAGGGAGGUGGUGCUCGCCCAGGAGGAGCAGGCACGCACACACUCCGAGAAACAGGCAAGAGGCGCUGCUAGCAGCCAUAAGCGAGAAAGAUGCCAACAUUGCCCUGCUUGAGCUCUCCUCAUCCAAGAAGAAGAAAACUCAGGAGGAGGUGGCAGGUCUGAAGAGGGAGAAGGAUAAUCUGGUUCAUCAGCUCAAGCAGCAGACUCAAAACCGGAUGAAGCUGAUGGCGGACAACUAUGAGGACGACCACCUGAAGGUCUCCUCUCCAAACUCAGAGCAGCCCAACAAUCACAAGCCCUCCCCAGACCAGAUUCUCUCUCCUCUCCUGGACCUCAAUCAGAAUCGCAGCAAACUGAAGCUGUACAUCAGUCACCUGACCUCGCUGUGUCAGGAGCGAGACCCAAUCAUAUUGCAGGACUUCGCCCCGCCCCCCGCCUAUCACCGCUCUGACUCCUCCUCCUGGCAUACGCAGCUGCACAGCAUGACACAGGAACAGUUGGAGGCGGAGUUAGCACUGUGCGAGAGUGAGGGGGCGGAGCUCCAGGAGUACGCCAAUCAGGUCCUGCAGCAGAUCGCCGACCGAUGCCCCGACAUUUUGGAACAAGUCGUCAACGCUCUGGAGGACAGCAGCUGACACAUGAACGCACACACCCUGACAGAAACAUAAAGCUGACGCACAUUCAUGAUUUAGCACACAGAGUCGGAAAGCAAGCAAACAUUUAACACUGAGUCACACACACAGGAACAGAAGUCUCCAGAAAGCCCCCAGACACUCAAAUAAAAUCACAGUGUUGGACAUGAGGAUGAAGGCUUUCUCUUCCGCCGUCACUCAUCUCAUUAUUACAGACAGAAAAGGGGAUCUACAAAAAAAAAUUACUGAAAAAUAUUCUUCCAUUGUGUCUUUAGUCACUAUCAUUUGUGCCAGCUGAGGGAAAUAUUAUUCAUUUUUCAGUUCAAAGUGCUUCAUUGGCAUGCAAAUUAAUUGGAAAUAGUUGAUGUUUGUUGAGACGUUAAACACAUAUUUUCCUAACUACUCUGAAACAGAAGGAGCCUUCAUUGCACUUGCCAUCUGUGACACUUUGCAGCGGCCAUCUUGUGUCCUUCCAGGCAAUCAGCAGUUGGAUUUGCAAUCAUGACUUGAUGUAUUUUAUAGAGGGAAAAAGAUUUUCAAACUGUAUAAAAAGGGUGAGAGUGGGCUGAGGUUGCCAGGUUGUUUCUGAUGCCAGACUUACACGCUGUUACCACAUUGUGAUUUGAUUGGUUCAGAUACAAAAGUGUGUUUAUUUCAGCUGCCUUUGAUUCUUUACAUCAUUUGCUGCUAUCUUUUAAACUUUAAGUUACUAUUUUUUCUUCCAAUUCUUUUUUUUGUCUGAUAUGUGAUGAAACGUCCCAACUUGUAUUGUCUUUCAGCGGUUAUCUCUGCGUAGUUGUGUAAAUUGUAUAGAGAGAAUUUAAUUAACCGAAACACAGCUUUCAUCAGGGGAACAUGACGCUUUCAUCCAUUUUUUUCCAUGAUUGAUGAAAGGCAAAAACUACAAUAAAUCUCGCAAUACUCCCUUUAUUAAAAAACACCAGUGUGGAUGUUUCAGUUAUGGUGUCCAUGCUGAAACCAGUUCCCUCACUUGCCCUUUUGUGACAAUCCCUUUAGAGUUAACAUGUUUCCCUUACUGAAACAUCUUUUGUUUCUGUUUUUUUUCCCUUGGGAGGGAGGGAAUAUAAAAUAAUUGCUCUAUAUUUUUUUGCUUUUGGUAAUAUAUAUAAAAAGACUAAUCUUGUUUCAUUGAAAAUAUUGUCAUGUAUGGGUUGGUAUGUUACAUAAUGUGUCAAAAUCUUUUUUUUUUUUUUGUGAUUUGCAAGUAACCACAGAUUUGUUCCAUAAGCAGGAGACUGUUAUUGGGAACGUAUAUUGUACCUACAUGAGGUUCUGUGUCCACUGGGAACAUUUUCUACAAAUCAGUUCCUUGUCCUUGUUGUUUACAGUGGAAAUGACACAUGACGCAUGUUUCCCCAUAGCGCUGGCAGCCUUAGCAUGAUUUUUACGCUUACAACACUGAGCACUAGAGGUUCAAAUUGUUGCAACUACAAUCAAAAGCUCCUUUAAUGGGUUUCUUUUUUUCAGUCUUGUACUGUAGUGAGUGCUGAAGCCAUGACUGGCGCUGCCCACAUGAGACUCCCGCUGCUCCCUAUAAAGACAUACCUGGUGGACACAAAGCCUAAAUAUGGGGAUUUACACUGAACACUCACAUCUUAUUUUACACCAUCAUAAGGCUUUCUCAACAGGCCCAAAAAAAAAGGUUUAACUUUCAGUCCCUAAGCUGUGUAUUAAAAAAAGCUCCAAGCCAUUUGGGUGUAAAUGAGGAGUUUCAUUCCAAAACAUUACCGGUUUGAAAUUGUUGAAAUUGCUCACAAGCUUUAAUGAUGAUGAAGAGUUUGUGUAACAUUUGUCAAAUGGUUCUUAUUUUGGAAUGAAACUCCGUCCGAUAUGAGCUUGUGUUGUAAAUCCAGUAUUUUGUUGUCUGUUUUUUACUGAUAAUGUUUGUCAUUGGGAAUGGUGAUGGUGAUGGGACUCACCAUGACUUUUGCUGUGGAUUGAAAAAAUCGGAAUCAGAGAAUGGAAUAAAAUAUGGAUUUAUCUUUA